AGGUGUCUCGUGUUGACAACCGACAGUCUGUAAGAUUAGUAUAUUCUCGAAAGGAAGACAGACAAGAUGGAACGAUGGGUUGGAAAAGUAGCUGCCGUUACUGGUGCGAGUGCGGGAAUCGGUGCUGCUAUUGCUCGACAAUUGGUUACUAACGGUAUGACGGUAGCUGGAUUAGCUCGUAGAACAGACAAAAUCGAAGAACUUGCUAGUAGUUUAGAAGGAGCACCAGGAAAACUCCAUGCGAUCGAAUGCGAUGUGACCAAAGAAGAGAGUACAACAGCUGCAUUUUCUUGGAUCGAAGAAAAUCUUGGAUCUCUCGAUUUGAUGAUCAAUAACGCUGGCAUUGCUAAGGAGUCCUCGUUAACGGAAGGAUCAUUGGAAGAUUGGCGAGCCGUUUUCGAAGUGAACGUCUUAGGAGUUUGUUUGACUAUACGAGAAGCGACACGAUUAAUGCGUAAGAAAGGCGAAGAUGGUCUGAUCAUUAAUAUAGGUAGUUUGGCUGGAGAAAGAGUACCUGCUGUACCUGGUUUCGGUGUUUAUCCAUCCUCGAAACGUGCGUUAGCUACACUUGCGCAGACACUUCGCAAUGAACUGGGUGGAACUAAAAUACGUGUCACGAAUAUCAGUCCUGGUCUCGUGGCAACCGAAUUGAUGGCAUCUUAUAGUGCUUUCUCCGAUGAGGUUUUAGCUGCUAUGCCAUCGUUGAAAGGUCAAGACGUAGCAGAUGCUGUGUCCUACGUUCUAUCUACUCCGUCUAACGUUGUGUUAAAAUAUAUCUGGUCUUAUGAAGAAAUGCCAACCAGAUGCCGUGUUCAGCAAGAACUUAACACGUUAUACAAAGAAGCCUUUAAUUACGUUAAAAAUAAUGAAAACCUAUCGGAAGCUUCUAAGUUGAUUACAAAAAUGUUGAAACACGAUCCUAAAUCUCAUAAAAUUUAUGCUUUGAGAGGUACCAUUUUCGAAAUUCAAGGAAAAUGGACUAAAGCGAUUAAUAAUUAUGAGAUUGCACGAUUAAUGUUGAAAUUGGCGAACGUGCCGAGUUAUGAAGAAGCUGAUAUUCCUUAUAUCAAAUCAUUGAUUAAAUGUUAUGAAGCCAGAGGAGAUUGUUAUUAUGAGCAUGAAUUAUUUUUGCAAGCCGCUAGUGAUUACGAACGUAUCGUAACAUUGAAGCCUCCUGAUACAUCGAUCAUCGAUGUAGAAAAUAAGCUUUUGACAACGAUGAAAAAUUUAAACAAGUACGAUGCAUUUUGCUCGUACUGGAACGAAUUCAUGCAAAAUUCAAAUGCGAUGAGACUCUCCGAUCUUUUAACACUUCAUGCGAAAUAUAAAUUUUUCUUGAGAGAUAUCGAGUUGACACGUGAAUUUCUUCUAGAAGCUCUCGCUAUAAAUGAAAAUAAUAAGGAAGCUCAGAAACUUCUACAGGUAUUCUUAAUAGAAAAUAUAUUCAUUUUAUUAAAAAUGGAGUGGAGUGGUUUAGACAAAGUAGCUGUCGUAACUGGAGCCACUUCUGGUAUUGGUAAAGCCAUUGUUGAAUUACUCGUCUUGAAAGGUUUGAAAGUCGUUGGGCUCGCUCAUCAAAUCGAUAAACUCAACGCACUCGCCGAAGAAUUGAAAUCGAAGCCAGGCAAAUUCUUACCUCUUCAAUGCGAUCUAACGAAUCAGAAUGAAGUCAUGAAAGCGAUAGAAUGGAUAGAAAAGAACGUAGGUUUCGUUAACAUAUUGAUAAAUGACGCAGCAUUGAAUCUUGACACAGGUUUCUUUACCGGUGAAAUAGAAGAUUGGGAGAAAAUAUUUGACCUUAAUAUUCUUGGUCUUACAUACAUUACAAAGGAGAUUUUGAAGUUGAUGAAAAAGAAAGGUAUCGACAAUGGUUGUAUCGUAAACGUAAACGAUAUAUUUGGAUUGAAAGUUCCUAUGAAUCCUGAACGUCCAGCUUCUCCUGCUUACAUAUGUAGUAAAUUUGCUCUUACAGCGUUGACCGAAUGUCUUCGUUUAGAAUUGGCACAGCUCGAGUCUAACAUCAAAGUCAUUUCUAUUUCUCCAGGAUUAGUUGAAACCGAAAUGACUCAACAAUGGUUGAAAGAAAAUCCACGUUUGGCUUUGCAACCCAAAGACGUAGCCGAUGCUAUUCUUUUUACAUUGCAGACACCAGAAAAUGUUCUCGUGAAGGAUCUUAUUAUUACGCCUCUUCGCGAAAUUUAAGUUCUACAAAUUUCUGCGCUGGAAAAACGUAGUAAAAAUAAAUAAAA